AUGAGAGCCUCCCGACUGUACUGGAGAGUCCCCACCGCGGGCGUGGUGCUGGCUGUGAUUGUGCUGUUGCAGCUUUGUGUCUUCUACAGCAGAAUGACCCCACCGGCCCCUAAGGUGUCUGCUGAGCCUCUGGACGAGAUUACCCCUAAACGGGGCUUGACCCCGGCUGAUUUGGAAGUGAUUAAGCAGCUUGAGGCCGCGCGCUUCACCAAGGACCAGCAGAGGCUCGCGGACGACCAGCAGCUGGACGUUUUGCGUCUGUACGCUGCCCAGGAAAAGGAGCUGGAGGACCGGUACCUGGCCUCCCUGAGGGUGUACGAGGAGCUGGCGGAGCGCAAGCCCAACAUCAUCAGAAUCUACUACACCAGAAAGGACAUGCGGUACGGCUCGGUCGCGGUUUUCCGCAAGCUGAUGGAGGCGUUUCUGGAGGUGGUUGACAGGAACAGCGUGGUGCUUGAGGACCUGGAUCCGCAACUCGAGUGCACCACGCAGAUUCCCGAGUUUUCUGUGCUGGACACGAAAUACCCCGAAGAGUCGCUAAAGAACCUGUCCCACGCACAUAAACAGGUCGCAGACGCCAUUCCGGGCGGUAAUCCGUUCCCAGACCUGUACAGCCACAGCGGCUACGUGAUGCUGGGCGGAGGCUAUCGCACGUGGGCCGCUCUGCUGAGCAUCAAGGCACUUAGACGCACAGGCAGCUCGCUUCCAGUCGAGGUGUUUCUGCGCAGAAUCGAGGACUACGACCGCGCCAUGUGCGACACCGUGUUCCCGUCGCUGGAUGCUGAGUGUGUCCUGCUUUCUGACAGAUACGGCGACAAAAUUUCCCAGAGAUUCGAGUCCCUGGAGGACAAGUCUCUGGUGCCGUUUCUGCUGCUGGCGUCCUCCUACCAGAAGGUAUUCUGGAUGGACUCGAACGUGCUUGCUGCGGUGUCGCCGGAUGACCUGUUUGAGAGCUGGCUGGGGACCCAGUACGGGUUUUUCAGCUGGAGAAGCAAAUAUGCCACCACGCUGAAUCCUGCGUACUACGAGGUGGUGCGACUGAAGCCACGGACGCCAGCAUACACGAUGGAUGAGAGCGCGUUUUUGCUCGACAAACAGCAAAACUUCGAGAACCUGAUGCUGGCUGCGUACUACGAGCUCGAAGGGAAAAAUAGUUACCACAAGCUGUUCGGACAGGCAAAAUGCGGAGCAGGAAAACACGACUCGCUGAGCUAUGCGACGCUUUUCUGUGACAGGCGCGAGUUCAGAUCGCAGCUGCUGGAAGAACUGGGUGGGCUGCGGUUGCAACGAGAUCCCGUCGGAGAGUUUGAGAACAUGUUUGACGAGUACAGGCCGGUCCGUCCGGCGUUGUACGAGGUGGACCCUGCCAGAUUCGACCCGGAGAUUCUGACGAGUCCAGGCCGGAUCUCUGGUGACUACAAUCUCACCUACGACGUGGACGUGGUUUUGCUGGAGACGAUGGACUUGUACGUCUGUCACGCUGACGAGCACAUUUUCAGAAAUGUGGAGGCGUUCUGCGACAUCUACGUGGAGGAGCAGCGGAGAUAUCUACUCGAUCACGAGAUGGCAGCUGUCGACUCCCGCCCGCGCGGAUUGGUGAACCGGCCCGACGAUACGUCGGACGAGGUCAAGGAUAGAGCGAACGCGGAGGUGAUCUCAAAGCUCGUGGGGGUCGAAAGGUUGCCGGAGUGGGAGUGA